AGAGCGGCUGACAGCGGAGGGGGCGCGGGAGCCCCUCGCUCACCGCGGGCUGCAGCCACCGAAGCGGCUCGAGCCCUGGCACCUGCGCAGGGAGGGGGGCGCUGGCUCCGGACACGCGGGGUCCACGCUGCGGAGCCUUCCCGGGCGCUCUCGCCAUGCACCUGGACUCGGCUCGGGGGCCGGCGUCUCGCUGACGGGGGGCAGAGUUGCAUUUGUUCAUGCUUGCUGUGAGGGAUGUUGUUUUAGGAUUAGCACGCAGGAUGAAAGUAAAAGGCAGAGCUAAACCCUGCUUGCUGGAGUUUCUCUUCAGUGUCUGCCUGGCUACUCUUCCCAGCAGUAGUGCCUGCCCCCAGCGCUGUGCCUGCUACGUUCCCACUGAAGUACACUGUACAUUCCGGUACCUCAAAGCCAUCCCACCGCACAUCCCCCAAAACGUGGAGCGCAUCAAUUUAGGCUGACUGACUAAACCCAGAUCUGGAAUGAAAUGUUUGUUACAGUUACAACAGCUUGGUUAAACUGACCGAAACAGAUUUUUCUGGCCUGGAGAAAUUGGAGUUGUUGAUGUUGCACAGCAAUGAGAUCCAUACAAUCCCUAACAAGACAUUCACAGGUUUAAAAGCAUUACAGGUUUUAAAAAUGAGCUAUAAUAAAGUCAGAAUACUUCAGAAGGACACUUUCCAUGGCCUCAAGAGCUUGGUACGGUUGCAUAUGGACCACAAUCAAAUUGAAUUUGUGCACCCAGAAGUUUUCUAUCUUCUUACAUCCCUCAGGCUGGUACACCUGGAAGGAAAUUUACUUAAACAGCUUCAUCCAGACACUUUUGUCACCUUGCGCUAUAUCCAGAUAUUUAAAACAUCCUCCAUAAAGCAUAUAUACCUGUCUGACAACUUCUUAACUUCAUUACCACAAGAAAUGUUUUCCUACCUCCCUGAACUAGAGAGUAUAUACCUUCAUGGAAACCCCUGGUCCUGUGAUUGUAAUCUACAAUGGUUCGUAGACUGGGCAGAACAAUGGCCAGAUAUUAUAAAGUGCAAGAAAGACAGAAGUUCUUCAAGUGCCCAGCAAUGUCCAGUUUGUGCCAAUCCAAGACAUUCUAAAGGCAAACAUUUAGUUAACAUCUCAUCUGCAGCUUUAGCCUGUAGUAGGCCAAUCAUAGACCCCUCCCUGAAAUUGAAAAACAUCACUGUGCCAGAUGAAGGGAACUUCAUUUCCAUCUCUCCUGAAGAUUUUAUAGCUCCUAUUGGAACCAUAAUGUUGAAUAUAACAGACCAAACAGGAAAUCAAGCUGACUUAGUUUGCAAUGUUCAAAAACCCACAAAAAUGUCCCCAAUCUCCUUUGAUAAAGAUGGUUAUAAUACAGUCCUCAAAGUAUCAUUUUCAACAUUUCUGGUGUGUAGUAUUAAUUAUGAAUACAUUCAACAGCUAUGGAGCAUAUUGGCCCUAUACAGUGACUCUCCCCUGAAACUUGAAAGGAAUCUCUUACUGACCAAAGUGCCUUACACCAGUUACAAGUAUAAACAGAUGUACUCUGAAAAUGAAGAUGUUUUUACCAAUGUAGAGAGUGAAGUGAGAGCUGAACCUUCUUGGCUGCUCCAAGAUCAGGUGGCAUUAAAAUUAGACAGAAUGGCAACCACACUCAGCACACUACAUAUUCAAUAUGUAACUGAUGCUCAAAUUGUCUUGCCCCGUGGUGAUGAAAAACAGUUGAGACACAGCUGGGCCCUAAUUUCAAGAGAUAAUAAAACAAGAACAGAACACUCCAUUUUAGUGGGUAGAACCAUGGAACUGGACUGCCAGGCAUUGGGAGAGCCUUCUCCUACCAUUGAAUGGAUACUAGCCGAUGGGAGCAAAGUUAGAGCGCCAUAUAUUAGCGAAGAUGGGAGAAUUCUAAUUGCUAAAAGUGGAAAAUUCACACUACAGACAGCUGAUAGUUUUGACACUGGGGUUUAUCACUGCAUAGCUACAAAUUAUAACAGUGCAGAUGUCCUAACAUUUAGGAUCACAGUGAUUGAUCCUUCUGUGGAACAUGACCACAUUAAUGGGGCUCAGCUCUUGGCAUUCAUUGGUGACACACUCUACCUUCCCUGUCAGUCUGUUGGAGUUCCAGAUGCAUCUGUUAGUUGGAUCCUACCUGACCACACAGUUCUUCAUCAUUCUGUACAAAACAAAUAUAUUUUCCACAACAGUACACUAAAAAUACAAGAGAUGACAGAACGAGAUAGUGGCUAUUUUAGAUGUGUAGCAGCCAAUCAAUAUGGUAUUGAUUUUUUGAUUUUCCAAGUACUGGGUAAAGUGAAUGAGGCUGCUUCACAAGAACAAAUGACAGCCCCAGAAGAAAAUGAAGAGAGAGAUGGAUCUGGUCAUGAGGCUCUUCAAGCUGUUACAAAGCGUAAGUAUCCAUUAGCUAUUGUGCAGACUUCAGUAACAGUUAAAGCACCUACUGAUUCUGCAUCUAGAAAUCAACCAAUAUGGAAUAACUACAGAGAGAUGACUUACAGACACAAUGGAGACAAAAUAAACAGACGGUUUAGGGGACACAGAAGAAAAUUUACUUCCACAGCUAGGAGAAUUGACCCACAGCACUGGGCAGCAUUUUUGGAAAAAACAAAGAAGAAUUCCACUUUGCCAGAAAAGCAAGAAAACGCUGCAAUAAAAUCACCUACACCACCAGACCAUCUGUCCUCUAAGAUGUUUGGGAAUAAGGAAGAAACAUCUGGUGACCAUAUACCCCCAGAAGAGGAAUUUAUGACACUACCAUCUGAAACACCUACUAUACCUACUUUGAAAAAAGUUUCAGCAAUUGUUGUGACUGGAGAGCCUGAUGCUACAUCAAGAAAUACCAAGUCUAAAACAGCUUCUGUCAUAGUUACUGAGGCAGUAGCUACAACAGUUAGUCCCUGGAUUAUGCAGUCUAUAAGAUCCAAGACCAAACCUGCAAUCACAAGACCAAACUCACUAGAAACUUCUGAAUUAAAUCAAACAUCAUUAACUAUUAUACAGCCAUUAACAUCAUCUAGUUUAGUGAACAGUACAGCAAAAGACUUUAAUGCUGAACACAGAUUGGUAUCUUUUGGGCAAAGUAAUCAGUAUUUACAAGUCAGAUCUACAACACCAACAAUCACCAACCUUGUAACCUCCCAGAACACAGUUGAAAAACCCAAUUUAUUUACUGAUUCUAUUUAUAAGACUUCAACUAAAUCAAAUAAUCAGUUUUCUAUGGUGACAGCCAGUGAGCCAAACAAUGAAUUUGGUCACCUUUAUUUUCACAGUACUCAAAAAGUAACAACUCCUAAAUUACAACCAUGGUCAACUAAUAUUACUCAUCAACAGAUUCAGAUAAUUAGAGAUGCCACAACUAAUACACCACAGUCAAGACAAAGAUUUGGAAGACGAAGGAAAAUUUCUGGUAGGAGACGAAUUGUUAGACCAGAUCGAAUUCCAGUUAUCAGAGGUCAUAGGUAUAAUUUUGUGAGACAAGAAUCCAAUAGAGAAAGUACAACUCUGCUUUCAGCUAUAGAGCUAUACACAAAAUGUCUAUCAUGUUUUCAUCUCACAACACCUUCCCAAAGUUCUCUUGAUCUGCUUAGCCCCAAAACACAUAUAGCCCCAUCUUUGAAAGCAGUUAUACCAGAACUCACAUCCCAGCAGCCUACAAGUCAAACCACAGCAUUCCUGGAUGAAGAGAAAAACAGACCCACUGCAGAAGGAGAAAAAAGAAUUCCCACAGUCGUGCCUUUCUAUCAUGAAAACACACAGGGUACCCUGCAAAGAGAACAAGAGGCCAAUGCACCAUUGCAAACAUACACUGACAGAAUCCUAUCUUUUAGUGUCGGACUCCCUGCAACCGCAAAACAGACCCCUAAUGUAUCUAUGGAAAUUACAACUUCUUCAGAUAGCAAGACACCCUCAGAUGUUAAAUCUGUUUCCCCAACCACUGAAACUUCUUCCAGAAAUUUAAGAGGAAAAAAUCCUUGGCACCAUCUCUUUGGAAAGACACACAUUCAAAAGAAGAAGUUACCCAGAAGACAAACAAGUACAGUGCCACCAACAGCAAUACCCAUCAUGCUUCCUAAAACUACUGCCACACUAUCCAAGGAUAGAGUUUCUCCUUUACAUUUAACAACUAUAUCAGUGAAAGUGAAUCAAGCUGCUGACCUCUUAUCCCUAGCUAAGCCUAUCAAUCAUGACAACAGUAUGUCAGAGAAAUUUACUCCCAGCCUCUCUUUUACGACUACAAAACUGCCAUCUCCAGCCUAUUUUUCUAAACAAGUAACUGUUAUAAACAAAGAAAUGAAUGCAACAAAAACAGUACCAUCAUUUAGAUAUGUUACUCACACUGAAACUAAAAUGACUAAAAUCAAAGCAUUCAGACCUGGAAGGAAGAGAGAGCAAAGAAGGAAAAAGCCGCAGAAGAUUAUGACUUCACAAAGCACUACUACUACAAGCAGUAGCACCACCACUGCUAUGUCAGCAAAUACAGGCUUGUACAUCAUGACAACUGCUAAGUCUUUAACUAAGCCCACCAUCCCCAUGCCCACUGAAUCUCUUUAUGAGAGCACAAGUUCAAUCCCAAUUGCAACUGUGCCUCAGCCGCAGAUUCUUAGCACAAAAGAUGUAUCUAAAGGUUCACCUGCAACAGCAACACAAACACCACCACAAGCAUUAACAAGAAUUACAACAGUUGAGAACGCUCAACAUGUUGAGCUACCAUCUGAUGUUCUCAUAACAGAAAAACUGGCCAUUGCAAUCCCAGCUGUGCCACCUUAUUUGAAGCCUUUCAAAACCACAACAAUAUUACCUGCCCCAUCCUUUGUAACAUCUGAAUCAGUGUCUGUUCAACCAACGAAAACUAUCACCAUGGUAAGUGAAAAACCACAUCAGAAAGUGGGACAGAAAGUUAUUCAGCAGAAAUACACAGCAAAGGCAACAUUUCCUGACAGAGCUGAGCUCAGGACCAAAUCUCCUGCUGUAACUACCUAUGUGAUCAAACCCAGCAUACAUCAUUCUACUCCAUUAGCAUCUCAAACAACAGAGACACCCCGCACAAGUACCUUGCAAAUGACCUUAUCUCCCCUGUGGGAAAACAAGUUUUGGCAUAAACUAUCUCCUGAAGUUUCAGAAAUAGGCAAAACAUUAACAGCAAAUACUCUGACUAUAUUAAAAUCACCACAGAGCUCCUCUCCGUCUACUCCUGCAUGGGGAAAGGACAAGGACAAUUCUGUCAAAAGCUGGUCAGACAAGACUGCAGAUCAAGAAAAGAACAAUAAUCGCAUAGCCCUGGACUCCUUAUAUAGAAAUAGAUUGGAAAAGCCUAGAAUAGUUGGAGGAAAACUGGCUGCUUUUACCGUCUUGGCUAAUUCAGAUGCCUUCAUCCCUUGUGAAGCAACUGGUAAUCCCCUUCCCACGAUUCACUGGACUAAAGUGUCAUCAGGGAUUGAUGUGUCAAAAAGCAAGCGUGACAACAGGUUUGAAGUAUUUGCUAAUGGAACCCUCUCCAUCCAGAAUGUGAACAUUCAGGACCGCGGACAGUACCUGUGUAUUGCAGCCAACCAGCAUGGCUCAGAUCGGCUCCUGGUCACUUUGUCUGUGGUGGCAUAUCCCCCGAGGAUCCUAGAGGGCAGGUCAAAAGUGAUCACCAUUCAUUCUGGAAAGCCUGUGGCUGUGAAGUGUAGAGCUGAAGGUAGGCCCAACCCUACUAUUUCAUGGAUUCUAGCAAACAAAACACAUGUCUCAGAAUCUUCUCCAGGAAGCAAGCAAGCAUCUGUGCAACCAGAUGGCACUUUAAUAAUCAAGGCAGCUACUGUUUACGACCGAGGACUUUACACGUGCAUGGCUAGUAAUCCAGCUGGUGCCGAUACGCUGACAGUAAAACUACAGGUGAUUGUGGCACCUCCCAUUAUUUUGGAAGAGAAGAGACAACACAUUGCUGGAAUUAUGGGUGAAAGUUUGAAACUCCCCUGCACAGCAAAAGGAAACCCUCAUCCCAGUGUUCACUGGGUCCUCUUUGAUGGAACAGUAGUGAAGCCUUUGCAUUUUGUAAAUGCCAAGCUGUUCCUGUUUUCCAAUGGAACCCUCUACAUAAGAAACAUAGCUCCUUCGGACAGUGGUAAUUAUGAAUGCAUAGCUACCAGCUCCACUGGGUCAGAGAGAAGGGUGGUAAAUCUCACAGUGGAGCAGAGAGAUACAAUUCCCAGAAUAGCAACUACAUCUCUGAAAAUGACUCAGUUGAAUUUUGGGGACAGGUUGCUUCUGAACUGUUCAGCUACUGGGGAGCCAAAGCCAAGAAUAAUCUGGAGGUUGCCUUCCAAAGCAGUUGUUGACCAAUGGCACAGAAUGGGCAGUCGAAUCCAUGUUUAUCCUAAUGGAUCCUUGUUUAUUGAGGCAGUCACAGAAAAGGAUGCAGGUGACUAUUUAUGUGUAGCAAGAAAUCGAAUUGGAGAUGACCUGAUACUGAUGAAAGUCAGUGUGACAAUGAAACCAGCAAAGAUUGACCAAAAACAGUAUUUUAAAAAACAGGUACCAUAUGGGAAGGACUUCAAGAUGGACUGCAAAGCCUCUGGGUCACCUGAGCCAGAGAUCUCCUGGAGCUUGCCAGAUGGCACCAUGAUUAAUAACGUGAUGCAAGCUGAUGACAGCGGACACAGGUCUCAGAAGUACAUUCUUUUUGACAAUGGAACUCUGUAUUUCAACAAGGUUGGAAAAGCUGAAGAGGGAGAUUACACCUGUUACGCUCAAAACACACUGGGAAAAGAUGAAAUGAAGGUACACAUUACAGUUAUAGCAGCUGCACCUCGUAUAAUGCAAAAUUACAAGACACAUGCUAAGGUAAAAGCUGGGGAUAAUGCAGUGUUUGACUGCGAGGUUGUUGGCGAACCCAAGCCAAAAAUAUUUUGGUUGCUACCUUCCAGUGACCUGAUUUCAGCUUCAACUGACAGAUAUUUACUGCAUAUUAAUGGUUCGCUGUCAGUCAGUAAAGUGAAACUAUUGGAUGCUGGGGAGUAUGUAUGUGUUGCCCGUAAUCUUGGAGGGGAUGACACAAAACUUUAUAAACUGGAUGUUGUUUCUAAACCACCCCUGAUAAAUGGUUUAUAUACGAACAAAACUGUCAUUAAAACAACAGCAAUAAGGCACUCAAAAAAGCAAAUAGAUUGCAUGGCAGAAGGGACACCUUCCCCUCAAAUUAUGUGGAUAAUGCCUGACAAUAUUUUCCUAACAGCUCCAUACUAUGGGAGCCGAAUAACAGUACACAAAAAUGGGACCCUUGAAAUUAGGAAUGUAAGGCCUUCAGACACAGCAGAUUUUAUAUGUGUGGUACGUAACGAUGGAGGAGAAAGCAUAUUGGUAGUGCAGUUGGAGGUAUUAGAAAUGCUAAGACGACCAAUGUUCAAAAAUCCAUUCAAUGAAAAAAUAAUAGCAAAAGCAGGAAAAACCAUCAUAUUAAAUUGUUCAGUGGAUGGAAAUCCACCUCCUGAUAUCAUUUGGAUAUUACCCAAUGGCACACGAAUUUCCAGUGGAGCCAGAAUUUCCCAGCAUCGCAUCGGCAGUAAUGGUACCCUCAUCAUUUCUGAUCCUUCCAGAGAUGAUGCAGGGAGGUAUCGCUGUGCAGCUAGGAAUAAAGUGGGCUACAUUGAAAAGCUGAUCAUCCUAGAAGUUGUCCAGAAGCCCAUUAUUCUUACUAAUUCAAGAGGACUAAUAAAGAGAAUCACUGGGGAAUCAUUAUCCCUCCAUUGUCUCUCUGAUGGAAGCCCGAAGCCAAACAUUAUAUGGACAGUACCAAGUGGUUUUGUGCUAGAUCGGCCUCAGAUUACUGGGAAAUACAUAUUACUUGAAAAUGGUACUUUAGUUAUCCAAGAAGCAACGAUUCAUGACAGAGGAAACUACAUGUGCAAGGCUCAGAACAAUGCUGGAGAGUCAUCUAUAACUGUUCCUGUAGUGACUUUAGCUUAUCCCCCACGGAUUACAAAUAGACCACCACAGAGCAUACGCACUAUGACUGGAGCAGCAGUUCAGCUCCACUGUAUGGCACUGGGAAUACCAAAACCAGAAAUCACAUGGGAGCUGCCUGACCACUCUGUGCUUUCCCCAACUAGUAAAAGCAGAUCAUCUGGAAGUGAACUACUUCAUCCCCAAGGGACAUUAGUCAUUCAAAAUCCAAAAUCUUCAGAUUCUGGCAUGUACAAGUGCACAGCUCAGAAUCAGUUUGGCAGCGAUUUCACAACAACAUAUAUUCAAGUUGUUUGAAAUGAGAAAUACAGACUGAACAAUUAUUAAAAGUCUCCAUCUGAACUGAGUUUAUUUGUGGAAGAAAUUUAAUCAAAAGCAGCCAUGAAGCAUGUAGGUAAAUCCAAAUACAUUUAUAAUAAUCAAUGUACAAUGCUGAACACACACAGAGAACACAUUUGGGGAAAAAAAAUUGCAUUGUGAACUAGCAUGAAUUUACUCAGUGACCAAAAUAGAAGUCAAUUAAAAAAUAAUAAGGCACUUUUUUAGUCAUAAGUGAACUACUUGCUAAAAAUGUAUCUGAAAAAUCUUCAGUAAAGAAUGGACUUUUUUAUAUUAGUUUCUUAUUGUCCCUCUUGUAUCACUAUAAUAAGCAUGGCAAGCACAAUGCAAAAAUAUUUAAGAACAAAAAAGAGGAAAGUUUAUUGUGAUUUAAAUUGCCUGAUAUGUAUGAAUAUUUUGUAGUUAUUUUAUAAAUAUUUCACAAAAAAUAAGAGUUUUGCUAUUUUUAAUAAUAUGACUUUCUAUUCUUUUACAAUGGAGCUCUUUUCCCAGGGCAGUAGGAGAAAUACAAAAUGAUUUACUAAUGUUCUCUAAAUGGACAAUACGGUUCCUAUUCAUCUUUGUUUAAAAAUUACAAAGCAAUAAAACAUGCUUAUGAAAACACUCAA